CCAGGCUCUGCACUGCAAAUUGCUCAGUAGAUUGGUAAAGAAAACUCCAGCAGCAUGAAGGAAUUCAUCCUCCUGGGCCUCUCAGAGAACCAAGGGGUGCAGAAAAUAUAUUUUGUGGUGUUCCUGAUUUUCUACAUUCUCACAGUGUCAGGAAAUCUCCUCAUAGUUCUCACUGUGAAGAGCAGCCAGCACCUGAACUCCCCCAUGUACUUCUUUCUCUGCCACCUGUCCUUUGUAGAUGUUUGUUACUCCUCUGUCACAGCUCCCCAAAUGAUUUCUGGCUUCCUGGUGGAAAAUAACACCAUUUCCUUUGCAGGCUGCAUAGGGCAGCUCUUUGGGCUUCAUUUUUUUGGCUGCACAGAGACUUUCAUCCUGACAGCCAUGGCCUACGACCGCUACGUGGCCAUCUGCCGGCCCCUGCGCUACCCUGUGCUCAUGUCCCACCGCCUGUGCGGCCAUAUGGUGGGGGUCUCCUGGGCAGGGGGCUUCCUGCAUUCCACUCUCCAGACCCUACCCACAGCCUUUCUCCCUUUCUGUGGCCCAAACAAAGUCCCCCACUACUUCUGUGAUGUCCGUCCCCUGCUCCACCUGGCCUGUGCCGACACACGUGCCGAGGGCCUGGCCGCGGUGGCCAACAGCGGAGUCAUAUCCCUGAGCUGCUUCCUCAUCCUGGUCACGUCCUACGUGGUCAUCCUGGUUUCCCUGAGGGGCCAAACGCUGGUGGGGUGGCACAAGGUCCUGUCCACGUGUGGGUCCCACAUCACUGUGGUGAUCCUGUUCCUUGGGCCCAGCACUUUUGUUUACAUCCGCCCAUCCGGUGACCUGUCCAAGGACAGGAACGUGGCCUUGUUCUACACGCUCAUCCCACCCAUGCUCAACCCCCUCAUCUACACCCUCCGGAAUAGGGAGGUGAAGGGAGCCAUGAGGAAACUGUGCAGGAGGAGAGUGGGAAGCGAAAAUGGGAAGGGGUAGGGCUGUGGUCAUGUUCCUAAAGGAUCAGAGAAAAUCAAGCAUGUUUUGCUAUAAUUUCUUCUGUGACAAUGCCCUAAAACAUGCCUUUCUAAGAAUAGCUGGCUGUUGUCUCCUGCUGUCAUUAGGAAGGCACUAAAAGUUCUUUUUAUGAUGGGAAAAACAUUGGGAACUCUGGCAUUCCCUUUCUAUUGCUUGCCAAUGAACACAGGCCCAGACCACAGCCUCCUGAGCAACUGCAACAUCAGUGCUUAAAUACGGUUAAAAAUACUGAAAAUGUUAUCCAGGUAGAACAUCCCAUAAGAAAAAAAAAAAAAAACAAACCAAAAAAACCCCUGAUAUUAAGAGCUAGUUGGGUGGUUUGCUGAUGAAGGAACAGGAGGGAAAAUUUCUCCCCUUCCUCUCCCACUUCAACAAAUCCCUUCUGCCCCAUUUCAGGCCAGGCUGGAUGGGGCUGGGAUCAACCU